UUAUUGUCUUGUUGAAGUUUCACUUUCCUGCUCUAUAAUAUAAAAAGAAGCACGUUCAUCCGUCAACUUUUUCCUCAAAUAAAUGAUGAUGAUUAUGAGUGAAAAGAGUGCUUCACCUCCCCAUGUUCUUCUUAUAUCUGCUGGUGCUAGCCACACUGUUGCACUUCUCACUGGCAAUGUUGUUUGCUCUUGGGGCCGAGGAGAAGACGGACAAUUAGGCCAUGGUGAUACCGAUGAUCGACUCUUACCCACAAAACUAAGCGCUUUCGAUGGCCAAGACAUUGUAUCUGUUACUUGUGGAGCUGAUUAUACAGUGGCACGUUCCAAGUCCGGCAAGGAUGUAUAUAGUUGGGGAUGGGGUGAUUUUGGAAGAUUAGGUCAUGGUGAUCCUAGUGACUUAUUCAUUCCUCAUCCCAUUAGAGCAUUACAGGGUCUAAGGAUAAAGCAAAUUUCCUGUGGGGACUGUCAUUGUUUGGCAGUUACCAUGGAAAACAAGGUGUUGAGUUGGGGGCGGAAUCAAAAUGGUGAACUUGGACUUGGUACCACAAAGGACUCUCACGUGCCACAAAAAAUUCUAGCAUUUGAGGGAAUACGUAUCAAAAUGGUGGCUGCUGGUGCUGAACACAGUGUAGCAAUUACCGAAGAUGGGGAUUUGUAUGGAUGGGGUUGGGGACGAUAUGGAAACUUGGGAUUGGGAGACACAAAUGAUCGCUUGAUCCCUGAGAAAGUGAACAUUGAUGGUGACAAGAUAGUCAUGGUUUCUUGUGGCUGGAGGCAUACGAUAUCGAUUUCAUCUUCCGGUGGAUUAUACACACAUGGAUGGAGUAAAUAUGGUCAGCUUGGACAUGGGGACUUUGAAGACUGUCUUGUGCCUCGCAAGGUUCAAGCAUUGAGUGAUAAGCUCAUUUCUCAGGUAUCAGGUGGAUGGAGGCAUAGUAUGGCACUCACGUCUAAUGGACAACUUUUCGGCUGGGGUUGGAAUAAGUUCGGACAGAUUGGAAUUGGUCACAAUUUUGAUUGCUCCUCUCCCAUGCUAGUGAACUUUCCUCAUGCUCAGAAAGUAGUUCAGAUGUCAAGUGGAUGGAGACACACGGUUGCUGUCACCGAUCGUGCAAAUGUAUAUUCUUGGGGAAGAGGUGCAAAUGGACAACUUGGGCAUGGAGACACCAAAGACCGGAACGUUCCGACGAUUAUUGAUGCCUUCAGUGUUGAUGGAUGUAGUGAGCAGCACAUAGAAUCCUCAAACUAUCCAUUACCAGGGAAAUCAUUUGCCUCCUUAUCAGAGAGAUAUGCGGUUGUUCCAAAUGAAACUGCUCUGGGAUCAUAUGCCACUACUUCAUCAGAUAAGAGUGAUAAGUUUGAUGCCAGUGUCCCUGAGAAUGAUGUCUCACUUGAUAGCCCAACCAUUAAUCAGUUCGAGACAAUGAUGUAGGAGAUCAACACACACAAGGAGGAGCUAGGGAUAAGUUUUCUUUUAUGUGAUUUUAUAAAAGGGAUAAGUCCCCCCUUCUUUGGUUCAUAUUUGUACAUGUUUGUUUUGGUUGUGGAAUAAUAUCAGCCGCGCAUUUAGUUCAAAUUAAAGUUAUAGUUUUUCUAGUUUUCUCUUUAACCCUAAGAAAAAUAAGCUUGGUAAUAUGAGUUUGUAGCUUCUUGUAAUAUAAUGGUGAGAAGACUUACCACCAAUACCAUGUUUUGCAAGUAAUUGGCUGUGCACAUUCAAACAUUGGCUGA